AUGUCCAUCGGCACCGACUACUUGAGCGCCAUGCUCAACUACAAUGGAUGCCUGCAAGAGCGCAUCCUGCGCCGCCUCCUCAUCAUCGAGAACGAAACAGACAGCCUUCUGGCGCUACGAUGCGCCCUUGUACCUCUGCAGACCCCGACACGCAAACGAAAACGACACACUGAGCCUGUCGCCGCUCAGGGGACGUCUUUCAACGUGGAUGUCGACACCACUCGUCAUCGCUGGAGCACAGAACUUUGCGAAGCCCUCAACGAUGAGGCGGCGAAGGCGAACUGCAUUGCAUCGCUGUGUCCGCCUGCUAAAGAGCGCUGGUGUGCAGUCGCCGCGGCACUUCGUCGCGCAGGACACCCGUCAUUCACCCCAUACGAGCUGUUCACCAAGUACAAGGAGAUGCACAGUGAUUCAAGACCCUUUGCGCUCAGUGAGGCUCGUUUCGUGUGCCAGUAUGUCCAGGAACACGGGGGUGACUGGCAGGGACUGUGUCAAGCACUGCGUCAGCGUCUGGGACACGUACGCUCACCUUUCCAAGUAGCCCAGCAAUACCGCCAGAGGCUGCGGUGCGCUUUUGUCGAGAAUCGCCUCACCUCAUCUCAGCUCCUCACCCUGCUCGCAGACCUGCCCGCCUCCCCGCAAGAUCGCGACUUUGCCGCGCUGUCGGUUGAGGCGCAGCGGUUCACCUCGCACAAGACCCUGCAGGUAAGCCCGCUUUACUUGAAGAGAGAGCUGGAGCCCCUUGACUUUGCUGCUCGGGUGCCGACGUGCCACCACCUCUACUGGAAGCUGGUAAACCUUCUGUGCAACUUCACCCUCUCGCAUCCCAACCGCCUCCAUGCGUUCCAGCACAGAAUGCCAUUCUGCUACCAGCAGCGUUCCCUAGCCGACCUCGCGCGCUCCCUCCAAUGCGAGGCGGCGGAGCUGCAGGAGAGAGUCGUCCACGCACUCCUGCGUCUUAGUCGUCCACCAGAGGCACUCAACUACGAGGAAUGCUCCAAGAAGCUCUUCGGGACGGUGUGCGGUGCACAGCUGAUCUACCAAAUCUCCGAGAAGUUGCACGAAAAAGACAUCUGA